AAAAGGAAAGCUCAAGCAAGUAGUUCCCUAUUGUUGCCUCUGUACAAUUCAAAUUCCAGUGGACUGAAAGAAAUUCUGGAGGACAUGGCAUGUGAUAUUGUUACUAAAGUUGUGAAAUCAGAUGUCCUUAUAAUUGCCUUUGGAGAGAGGUUGCUUCCCAAAGACAGUGAAGAGGGACAACACAGGGCAGAUAUUAGAAAUAAAAUGAGGCAACUUGCCAGACUUGUUCUAGCAGCAAGAGAGAUCGACCCGGAAAUGAUCUCUUUGAAGGACUUGAUAAACCCUGGAAAGUUCGGCGCGGUUCUUGAGGCUGUUAAAACAAUGGCUCGGUUUGAGUCAGCACAAAGUUUUAUGGUUCCUUCAACAGCAAGCAAUCUGCGCCAAGCCCUUUUAAAGGUGUCACUUAUGCUGCAAGGUGAGGCACUGCGUCAACAAGAUGGAGACUUACAGGCUAAAGCUGAGCAAUUUUCAAGGUUAAUUGAGGUUAAUGCUCAAGAAGAAUUAUACAAAAAGAAAUGGAACACCCAAGAAAUUUUGCCUCUAUCAGAGGACAUUAAGACAUUAAAUGACCACUUGAAAAGCCUUGAAGAGGUCCACAAACAGGCACUCAUUGAACAUCCAUCCCAAGAGGCAUGGAGUGAGCUCUCCAAGGUUACACUGACACAAUUGAUAUUAUUUAAUCGACAUCGUGAGGGAGAAGUUUCUAGAAUAGAAGUCCAAACCUACCUCCAAAGGGACAAAAGCAGAAUGCAAGAUGAAAUUGCAGAGUGCCUGACCCCCUUUGAGAGAAUACUGUGCGAGAAUCUCCUCAGAGUAGAGGUCCGAGGGGAAAGGGGCCGCAAAGUACCCUUUCUCUUCACAAGAAAUGUACAGGAAUCUGUGGAGCUUUUGAUUAAGACGAGGGGCAAAGUUGGAAUUUCAGCAACAAAUCCCUACAUUUUUGCUGUUCCUUGUUUUGGGUCACAGGAGAACAUUCAGGGAUGUGACAGCCUGAAACAUUUUGCAGAAUCUUGUGAAGCAAAACAUCCAGAAAACAUCACAUCCACCAAGCUAAGGAAGCAUGUGGCCACAGUUUCACAGCUCCUCAACCUGCAAAAUCAUGAACUAGACCAGCUGGCAACCUUCAUGGGGUCAUGAUAUUGAAGUCCACAGACUACCUGAAGCAUCUCUCCACAUGACAAAAGUAAGCAGGCUUAUUGUUGCACUGCAAGGUGGAAUUGGCAAAAAUACAGUAAAAACCCUGGAAGAGUUGACACCAAACCUCAACUCUGAGGAAUUUGUAGACUCAGAUGCGGAUGCGGAUGAAGUCCAAUCUGAGCGGACGGCUUCCACAAGUCAACAAGGAAAGUCAGGGGCUGGAUUUGAACAUGAGGAUAAGGAUACAUUAUCAUCACAACCAUCACAUCAAAAGGUGAAGAGAAGGCCCUGGUCACUGAGGGAGAGAAAAAUCGUUGAACACCAUUUUAAGCACUUCCUGAAGGAAAUGACGAUCCCAAGGAAAGUGGACUGCCAAAGAUGCGUCGAUGAAAACCAAACUCUGAGAGAUAACCGAAGAGACUGGAAAGCGGUGAAAUAUUAUGUGCACAACAAAAUAAUAUCUUUCAAGAGAAAAGGGAGCGAACAGCAUUCAAGCCAAUAACAUUGGGGGCCAAGAAUCUUCAGAGUGGACAUUUUAAAUCCUUCUUGGAGCUUGCAUUAUGGAGUAUCAGUCACAACAUUGGUACAUGCUAGUCGAGCACCAUUCUUUAUUUCAUUGUGUUCUGUUUUAUUGUACACAUGAAACAACAAAACCUUGUUGCUCAAUGGAGCAUCAUUGUGUUAAACACAACAGAGUUUAUAGAGUUGGUAGAUUUCAUAUUUAACAUUACAAGGUAUCAGUGGCUUUGUUCUGAGCUUACAAAAUUUUCAUUUGAUGAGCUUUUUCUUUGGGUUUCUCUUUCCAUUUUCAGGAGUUCAGUAAAGCAAGCCCUCGGUUAAGGAGUGUGUGACUUUGUAAGCAUUGUAAAUAACACUUUUGGCUUAUUAAAGAGCGCCAUUUUUUUUUACUGUUUAUUUGCGGCUGUCUUUCAUGUAAAAUAAAGAUUGGGAUUCAAAACAUAAAAAUAACUUUUGUUUUAUUCUCCUACUGUUUUUAUUGUAAUUGACCAAAAUACCAAGAAAAAGUACCCUGUUCACACUAUGUUUGGCAAUAAACUUCAUUUAGAUUUGAUUAAGUCCGUAUGUUAUGCCAUCAUAUAAACUCAGUUCUUCCAUUGUUUAAUUCUACACCAUAUUAAAGCUCUGAAGUUUUCCACC